UUUAUUUAGUUUAUUUUGCAAACUCUAUCUAAAAAAUAAAUGUUUUGGUACAUAGAUUUUUAUGACUUUUAAUUUUUCAAUUGUAGACUUAUGACAUAUUCUGAACCGACAUAUUUUAAGCAAGUCUUUUAUCUUAAUUAUACUUGCUUGCUAUACAAUAAAAUAGAUUUUGUUCGUUAUAAUACGCAAAUUUUUAAAAAUCUACUUUGCAAAUUACAGAAAAAUCAAGUGAGUGAACAUUAUUAUAUGAUUGAAAAUUAUUCGAAUGAGAUCAUAUUUCAUAUUAUGUCAUGAUCUCGAUAAUUUUAAUGAUUUAAUAUAUGUUAUUAAUUAUUUUUUUGCAAUAAAGAGCAAAGUAAAUAAUCUCAAUGCGCAAAAGAUUUUAGUAUUACAAUUUUAGGAUUCAUUAAAAAUAUAAUUAAAAAUAAAAAUGUUGCGUUUUUUUAUCUAAGUUAGAUUGUAGAAGAUAAGAAUCAAAUUGUGCAUGGUGAAAAACUAAAUGAUAUAAAAAAAAAUAUUGUCAGAAACUUUUAUGGACUUAAAAUUAAUUACGAUAAAACUGUUUGACAAACAAGUCGUUGAAGAUUUAUUAUUAAUUUUAUUUUAUUAAUUUACCAAUCAAUCUGAUAAAAAUUUGGAUAACCAACUACUUAAUUGGUUGCUAGAGCGGAAAAAAACGGGAGAUACAAUUUCAUAUGCGAUGCUUAUAGAUAAAAUAUUGAAACUUGGACGAAUUUGAUGGACCAUCAAAAGAAACGGGAAAAAGAAGCUGGUUGUGGAGAAUUAAGAAACGUUAUAAUCUGCUAGAGUCUCGAAAGACGCAUGAGAUUUUGCAAAAUGUCAUCCAAAAAGAUGAUGAAGCUAAUCAAUCUAAUAUAAUAAAAUUUAUUCAAGAAUUCUGUCAGCAGUUAGAGGAGGAAAAUAUUGAUAAAGAGAAUAUUUAUAAUAUUAUUGAAACACGCAUAGACGUCAUAUAAAAAUGUCUUGUUCCAAUCUUGCUAGGCCAACGUGCAGACAAAAGAAAAAUCACAGAAAAAUAAAUCGACACUAAAAAAUUAAAAAGAGCUCUCCAACUGUUAUAUUUUGCACAAAUGUUAAUAACAAUCUACCACUCUUUUUACAAGAACAUGAAAAUGACUAUGAAAAUCAAAGAGUAUCAAAACAUUGCGAGCAGAUUGCUUGUCGCUAAAUUACAAGAAAAUACCUCAAUGGAAGAAUCGAAAAAUUUCGCAUUAUGGUACAAAAAUCUAUUUAAGGCAUUUGUGACAGAUCAUCAAGAAAAAAGAAAUAUAACAGGCAAAGUGCUUUUAUUUGUUGACAAUCGCAACGCAUCCUUUCGGAGAAGAUUAUGCAAGAUGAUCCUGGUUUCGAAAUGUUGUUUUUUUCCGACAAACGCAGUCUCAUUUUUUGAAUCGCUAUAUCCAGAAAUUAUUUAAAAAAUCGAUCGAACUUUCCAUAAUUUUGUAUUAAAAUAUAUAGAUAAUUCCUCUUGUGAAGCUAAAGAAUUCAAUAGAGAUUAUAAUAUAAAUUAUUGUACUAGCAUCUGCAAGCCAUGGAAACUCAUCGCGUCUGAAGAUAUAGAAAAAUUAUGGAGAAGAUUUUUACGACAAGAUCAUCAAACACAAGAAGAUACUCCGACCUUAAAUUCUAUCAAUUUACAGGAUUAAUUAAUUAUAUAACAAGAAAGGAUACCAUUUCUAAGAAAAUUUUGGUAAUGCAAACUUUUUGCAUAGAGACUGAAAGAGAAGAACGUCAAGAAUAAAAGGAAAAUACUGAAGUCACUGAAAACACGAGAGAAAAGAGAAAGAGAAGACAUUCAAAAAUAUUUUAUGCCAAUUUAUAAAUCAGAGAGAAAGCUAAUAAUGAUAUAAUAUAAGAAAAUCUCUCAAACAAGAGGCUUCAAAUGAAAUAUCAAACAAAAUACUCAGCUCUAGCGGAAAAGUUGAAUAAUUAGAAAACAUUAUUGGAUAUGCGUAAGAAAUAUCAAAAGAAAUAUGUGUAAAAAUAUUGCUUUUUUGUAUGUAAAGUUGUUUCGUAUUGUGCUAUCUCGAUAUUUGAUUAUUAAAACAUACAAUAUUAUUCUAAAAAUGUUGUCCUCAUUCAUAAUGCAUUGAUAAACUUUUCAGUACCAAGGAUUGAAAAAAGAUUAAAUAAUUUCCUAGAACUUUUAAAACACGAUCGCGAUUCAGCUGUAUCUACUUGGGAUCAGCGAUACAAUUGAUGAGGUCAAGAUUGAGAGGACGGAACAGCACUACGAGAAUUCAAAAUGUUUUUCUUCUUUUUAUUUUUUUACUGGAUUCCCGUUUUUCUUGGAUACUGGUUUAUAUAUAUAUUUUACGUGAGUAUUUUACACUGUGGAUUUUUUUUUCUAUUAAUUUUUUCUAUCUAUUACCGAUCUUUGAUCUCAUGCUCGGUGACGCGUCAACAAAAAAAGGCCCUACACAGUAUUACUUUAGUGGGCAACCUCUCGGGCAACUUUUGCCAUCUCGGAUAUCGGUUUUCCGAUAAAAACACUUUACUAUAUCGACAGAUAAAUACAAGCCGUCAAUGUCAUCGAGCCGAUAUCUUAAAAAGCGUCAAAAGAACAACAGAUUAUAUAAUUAAAUGGAACUUAGCAUAGUGUACAUUAUCAUUAUUAUUGAGAAUAUUGUGACAUUUUAGAUUCUGUUUUAUUUACAUGACUUCAGAUAUAUAUGCUGAAUUUUUUGAACAUGAGGACGAGGAAGAUUAUGAUAUGUUAAUUUUAAUUUGCAAACCAUAUACUCUUCGACCGCGGUCAGAUUUAAAUAUGUAUGAUGAAAACAAAUUUAUUGCACGAUUUUGUUUGUGUAGACGUCAACAUAACGCUUUCUCUUAUUUUACUCCUUUUUUUUGUUGUGAAAUAUAUGAUAUUUUUUGUGUGAAAUAUGCAAUAUUUACAUGUUUGUUUUCCUUCUAUACGGGCAGAGUUUGGCCAAAUUUAUUUCAAGUAAUAAAUUAUAAAUAAGGAAUAGAACACUACAAUUAUAUGUAAACAACGAAGAAUAUUUUAUUUGAAACUAAAUAUAUUUCUUAGCAAUCAAGAAAUUUUUAUUUUUAUUUAUAUUAAAAUUUGUUUGACUAAAUUAAUUCCAAUUUUUAUUUUAAUACAAAUUUAUUCAAAUUGUAUAUGUGUAUACGUGCGCCCAACUUUAUUUGUCAUCUUAUAUAUCAUCUUAUUGUAAAUUGUAGGCAAUAACAUCCUAGCAGAUAUCACUGUGCGUAAUCAGAAAACAUCGAAAAUGCGAUAAUAUUACUGUUAGUGAGUCGUCAAAUGACUUUUAAACAAUGUUUUUAUUUACAUUCGUUCGAAACGUUUUUCUCAAGAGCAACUAAUCGCAACAACUUUCAGUUACUAUCAUAAUUUUCAACGCUUCCUAUCGUGUAGCAAGAAGUUUUUGGAGUCUCUCUGAAAUCAGUAACAGUGAAAUAAAGUUUUGUAUUAAAAUAAUUUUAGAUAUAAAAAAGCUCGUUAUGUCAUCCAAACAUAAACUAAAAAGAACUCAACUUUCGAAAGAACAGCACAUUCAAAUUCAACAGAUGUCAAAAGAUGGUAUCUCUACAAACAUAAUUGCUGCAGAAUUUGGAAUUGCUAAAUCAUCUGUUCGCAGAAUAGUGAAUAAAGAAAUAUCAGUGGAGCAAGUAGCAGACAUGGAAAGAAAGAGGAGCCGGUUUAUCAAAUAUAAAGAAUUGGACCAACAAUUGUUUGAAUGGUAUCAAGAGUGGAAAGCAUCGGGGAAGACAAUUUCCUACGAGAUACUCUAUGAAAAAAUGAAAGAAAUCAUAGACAAUGUUGAGGGACCAUUAAAUUCAAACAAGCGUCAUGAAUGGUUGAGAAGAUUUAUAAAAUAUUACGGGAUACACACACAAUCAAAGCGCAUGGUAAAAGUCAAUUGUCAAAAGACGGAUAUGAUAUUAAUUAAUUGGUUGUUAAAACAGAAAAUAUUAGCAAGAGUAUUUACAAAAUCGAAAUUUAAUAAGAAAAUUCUGAAAUUUAUGGCCAAGUUUGGUGGAUCAUUAUUAUCUUAUGGACAAGAAAAGUGGCUGCGCAGAUUUAAAAAAUGUCAUAAAAUUUUGACAGAGUCUGUCAUUUUGUCAGGAAACAAGCUAACAGAUGAUCAAUCUGAUCAUAAUUUGGAUAAAGAACUAUUUAAUUGGUUGCUAGAGCGGAGAAAAUUAGGAAAUAUUUCGUACGAGAUGUUUACAAAGAAAACAUUGAAACUUAUGGACGAGUUUGGUGGACUGUCAAAAGAAAUGCAACAAAAAAGCUGGCUGUGGAGAAUUAAGCAUCGUUAUAAUCUGCGAAAGUCUCGAAGGAUUGAUAUUUCGCAAAAUGUCAGCCAAAGAGAUGACGAAGCUAAUCAAUCUAAUGUGUAAAAAUUUGUUCAAAAAUUCAGUCAGCGGUUAGAGAAGGAAAAUGAUUGACAGAGAGAAUAUUUAUAAUAUGAUCGAAAAACAUACGUAAAAUCUAAAAUCUAAAAACACGAAAUAAAAACAGAAACAGAAAACACUCAAAAAUAUUUUAUGCCAAUUAAUAAAAACUAAUUAAUAAUAAAGUAGAGGAAGAUUUUAAACAAGAGCUUCAAACGAAAUAUCAAACGACGUACUCAACUUUGAGGGAAAAAUCGAAAAAGAAGAAUUUUAAGGGCCGAUUGUUCCGAUUUCUUGGUAGAUUUACCCGUCAAUCACCCAUUAGAUUCUAUUUUACUGACGACAUGGCUUUAGAUGUAUAUGUGGAACUUUUUGAACAUGAGGAGGAGGAAAAUCAUGAUAUAUUAAUUUUAAUUUGCAAACCAUAUACUCUUCGACCGCGGUCAGAUUUAAAUAUGUAUGAUGAAAACAAAUUUAUUGCACGAUU